UUUUACAUAACUUAUUUUGCGUCUAUGGCAUCGCACUGCAUCCGAGGUUCAUAGGAAGGAACCGACGCUAUCAUCAGUGAAUGUCAAAGCGACUACCGAGCUGCGCAAGUCAAAUAGAAACUUACGCGCAGCUUAAACCCAAGGACUUCUUGUGUCCAUCAAGUCAACGAUGCGAGCCAACAAGCUUAUUGAUGCAUCAGGCAUGUGACCGUCCAAUUCAAGGACCAUGCGAUAACCUAGUCCUGUAUGUGCAGCUUGAAAUGGCUUCGCUUCAGGUAGCAGCGAUGGUCGUCACGAGAUAAAAGAAUAACUGCAUCUUUGCAGUAUAUUUUACAUUAUUCAUAUACCCAUAUUAUAUACAUACAUCAUACAUCCCAGAAAGCAAA